UGAUACAGUGAUUGACCAAAGAUUAGCCUUCCUUAAAUAUUUGAACACUGUACAGGAAUCCAAAUGAUUGAGAAAGCACUAUAAAUAUAUUGGCAUAGAGACCUGAUGUGACCAACUGACAGAGACUACAUAAGCAGGUCAAGUAAUGGAGACACCAGAUAAAUUCCUGUAUAAAUACAAAGGAUUCUAUUUCGUAACAGACCUGGUCUCACCUGAAACUAUAGAUUCACUGGACAGUUUUGAAAUCCGAGACGAUGAUGUAUUCAUAAUCACAUAUCCUAAAUCAGGCACAAUAUGGACUCAGAAUAUUCUGAGCUUGAUUUUCCAUGAACGUCAUCGAGAUGGAACUGAAAAUAUUACCCUGAUUAACAGAGCGCCAUGGCUGGAGUAUAAUGUUUUCCACGAAGAUUUACAAAGUCGUCCAUCACCUCGACUUUUUUCUUCUCACCUGCCGUACUAUUUGGUACCCAGCGGAUUACGAAAGAGAAGAGGAAAAAUAAUUUAUGUAUAUAGAAAUCCAAAGGAUGUCUUGGUUUCUGGGUAUUAUUUUUCCAAAAUUGCAACCAAAGCGGAAAAACUAAAAGACUUUGAUACAUUAUUGGAGAAAUUUUUGGCUGGCAAAGGCACUAUUGGAGACUGGAAGAACACACUGACUGUUGCACAGAAUGAAAGGUUUGACAGCGUCUUUAAGGAGAGGUUGGAGAAGCUGCCCUUCACGUUCUGCUGGGAGAUUCAUGAGGAUUCUGAGCCUACUUCCAGCUCAGUGGAGGAAAACAAUAUGUGAUAGAAACCUUCACAUUAUUUGAAGCAGAGUUGACCUUCCAAGAACAGUCUUUGUAUAACCUAGUAAUGUUUAAUUCUCAACCCUGCAGAGAUCAUAGAAAAAAGCGACAUUAAAUUCUGUGCUAUUAUUAA